AUGGUUGCAAUGUGUCUGGUGAAAGAUCCAGGAAAGAGGCGGAAUUUAUUGAAACACACCUUUUUCAAGCAUGCAAAGUCUCUUGAGAUUUCUCUUAAAGAUCAAGUGCAACUUUGCAAAAAACCAGAGUUAUCUGUCAAAACCAUCCCCACCCCCUCUCUUUUCCCCAAUUUUGUUUUUGUUAAGUUUUUCCAAUUCUUCAUAUUGACUAAGUUCCCCUUUCCAUUUAGCUACACUGAUGAUAUGGAGCUUGAUGAUGCUGUGCAGACGGCUAUUUUGAUGCUGAAGGAGGGAUUUGAAGGACAAAUUUCGAGCAUCAACAUUGGGAUUGGAAUAAUUGGCACCGACAAGAAAUUCGGAGAACUAACCCCAGCUGAAAUUGAUGAUAUUUAG